ACGGAGCCUGAACAAACUAUAAACAAAAAACAAUAUGGCUGCGGAAACGAAGAAACCCCCUCACCCUCACCCAUCCAAACGCGUUUUUAUCAAUAAUGUAGACAAAUAUACCUCAAAAUAUAUCGCAGAGUUUUUAUCCUGGUGUGUUCCUGGAGUGGCCCAUGUUCCCGACCGGUCAGAUGAUGAGGAAGAAAAGCAAUCAUCCCAAGGACGCACUUUUCAGAUCGUUGGAACCGUUUCGGGGAAAACCGAAGAGAAGUCACGUUUUGCAGUAGAAGAAUACACUAACUUAACACGUGAAGAGCUCUUCCGUCACCUGAUGGAGUCGGACGUCGUCGUUUAUAACGUUUACAACGAGCGUACCGAUCAGAUCGAAGAAGCCUCUUGGGCGGUCUCAGCUCUUCACAAGGACAUCGAUGCGUUUCCUGGACCAAAGACGUUCAUCUUGAUCUCCUCGGUCAUGACGUGGGCGCAGACUAAGAGACUCGAUGCAGAUGAUCCAGAGGUUCCUUUUACGGAAGAGGACUACAGGAGACGCAAACCGCACGGCAACUUUAAAGAUCACAUCGCUGUGGAGAAGCUUGUGGUUAAACUGGGAAAAUCUAACCAGUCGCAGUUCUCGACUUACGUGGUUGCAUCUGGACUGCAGUACGGAAUGGGCGAGCAAGCCUUCCAUUUCUUUUUCAAGACAGCGUGGUUGGGAGAGGAACGGGAAGUGCCGGUCUUCGGAGACGGGUCCAACAUCGUUCCUGCUAUUCACAUCAGUGAUCUGGCACGGAUUGUGCAGAACGUAAUCGACCGUAAGCCGAAGCCGCGGUACUUUCUCGCAGUGGACGAAUCACAGAACACCAUUGCUGACAUCAUCAGAGCAAUAGCAGUAGCGCUCGGGCCAGGAAAAACCCGAAACGUUCCGAAAGAGGACGUAUUUCUCACAGAGGAAUUGGCGCAAGCAGAAAUUGACCAUUUGUUCGUCAACCUUCGAAUGGAAGCCAUUUUCCUCGCAGACAAUUUCACUAUCAACUGGGUUUCAAAGAAAGGCAUUGUGGAGAACAUCGACCACGUCGUGAAGGAAUACAAGCUCACCCGAGGCCUGCUGCCCGUUCGCAUCUGUCUCUUGGGACCUCCUGCGGUCGGGAAAAGCGCCGUCGCUGAAAAGAUAUGCAAGCACUAUAAACUGCAGCAUGUAAAACUCAAAGAGACCAUCGCGGAGACUCUCGCUAACCUGGAGUCGCGUGUCCGCGUGGAAGACGGUAACGAGGACGACGAAUCGCAGGAGCUCUUGGAGACACUGAAGAGGAGCAUGGAAGAAAACGAAAACGGUCGGUUGGAUGAGCAGUACGUUCUCAAAAUCGUGAAGGACAAGCUGAAGACGAAGGCGUGUAGAAAUCAAGGCUUCGUCCUGGACGGCUUUCCGAAGACGUACAAUCGAGCUAAGGAGCUGUUUUCUGCCGAGGAUGAUGAAGCUACAGACGAGCGCUCGUCCAGUGACAAAAUCAUCCCAGAGUUUGUGUUCUUUCUGGAUGCCACCGACAAGUUCCUGAAGGAACGUGUGCUGAACCUGCCUGAGAGCGUUGUGCAGAGAACGUCACACUCCUUCGAUAAGUUUCUUCCACGACUGGCUGCGUUCAGAAAAAACAGUUCAGAGGAUGAAACCGUGAUGAACUACUUUGACGAGCUGGAGAUUCACCCCGAGCGUAUAGAGAUCAACACCGAUGACCCAGAGAACAUUCCGGUGAUGGAGAAGGUGAUGGAGAGCGUGGGGAAGGUCAGGAACUACGGUCCCGAUGCAAAGCAUUUGGAGGAGGAACGGAGGCAGGCGGAGAUCAGGCUGAGGGAGGAAGAGGAGGCACGCCAGGCCGAAGCCAAGCACAGGGAUGAAGAAGAUGAGGAGCGGAGAGCAGAGUGCUGGGAGGAAUGGAAUCGGUGCCUACAAGAAGUGAAGCAACAGGAAGAGGAGCUGUUAAUGAAUGAAGAAGAAUCUGCCAGGCAGUAUCUGAUGUCCACCGUGAUACCCGUUCUGUCUCAAGGCCUGACUGAGUUAUACAGAAUCCAACCAAACGACCCAAUCGACUUCCUGGCUGAAUAUCUCCUCAACAACAACCCAGAAAUGGAAUAAAGCACAGAAG